CCCAGACGCCCAUUGUGCUCAGAGGAGGAAACCCUGUGCCUUGAGCCGCCAUCUUGGAAAAGCAGAUCACUGGAGCCGGAGGAUAAACUGCACCUUUUCCACUGCAAACGCCACAAACGGAAAACACUCAAAGUUUUGAGCCAAAAUGGCCACUGCUCCAUACAACUACUCCUACAUUUUCAAAUAUAUUAUUAUUGGGGACAUGGGUGUUGGAAAGUCAUGUUUGCUGCACCAGUUCACAGAAAAGAAAUUCAUGGCAGACUGUCCCCAUACGAUUGGUGUGGAGUUUGGCACCAGGAUAAUCGAGGUGAGCGGACAGAAGAUCAAGCUGCAGAUCUGGGACACUGCUGGUCAGGAGCGCUUCAGAGCGGUCACUCGCUCGUACUACCGCGGCGCCGCAGGGGCCCUCAUGGUCUACGACAUUACUAGGAGAAGCACGUACAAUCACCUCAGCAGCUGGCUAACCGAUGCUAGAAACCUCACCAAUCCCAAUACUGUGAUUAUUCUCAUAGGAAACAAAGCAGACCUAGAGGCCCAGAGGGAUGUCACAUAUGAAGAAGCUAAGCAGUUUGCUGAGGAGAAUGGUCUAUUGUUCCUGGAAGCCAGUGCAAAAACAGGUGAAAAUGUUGAAGACGCUUUCCUGGAAGCUGCUAAGAAAAUCUACCAGAAUAUUCAAGAUGGAAGCCUUGACCUGAACGCGGCCGAAUCGGGCGUCCAGCACAAGCCCUCCGCUCCACAGGGGGGCAGGCUAACCAGCGAACCACAACCUCAGAGGGAAGGCUGCGGCUGCUAAUGACCAAGCAAAGCCCCGUCACCCUUUCUGCCCUUUGUCCCGUCUGUCGUGACGCCUGCCCUCUCAUCAUCCACCCCACUUAUCCAUUCCUCCAUCUGCUUCCCCGCUCCCCUUCCUCACCGCACCAGGAGUGGGAUUGGAACACGGCUGCAGAGGGGGCGAUGCAGGGGGCAGACAGCGACUCGGGCCUGACUGAGCUGGGAUGUGGACUACAUCUCUCCCCUCCUCUGCCUUUCUCCUGUCUGUCAGUGUUUUACUCCUUUUCUUCAAACUGAGUUGGCUGUUGACGCUCCACCCCUUGGCUUCCAUUGCACCUUUCAGUAUAAUUCCUCCCAUCACAUCAUCAUCGACGCUCUUCACACAGGUCACUGACACUUAAACAGUAUGUAACUCUGCGUUAAAAUACCUGUCACUGGCCAGUUUGUACAAAAUUAUCCCAAAAAUCUAUUGCUUUGUUAACCAGUUUUUUCUUUUUCCAAUCAUGGUUUAUACAACGCAGGAUUAAGUGGUGAAUCUAAGGCAGAUUUGAAUCAUGACACCACCUGUGCAGAAGGUUUAACAAAGUCAGGCUUUCGAUAGGUUUCUGAAUAUGUUUGGAUUUUAAUGUAUUUUUAGACAUGAUGUGACACGCUGACCGCUUCUCUGGAAAUGUCUUUUGUCUUUGUGCACACUACACUUAAAAUAAUCUUUAAAAGCGGCGUUAUUUUUGAAGUCAUUACUUUUCCUUUCAUCAAGAGUUCCACCCCACAGUUUUCCCCCCAAAGUCAUAUCGACAAAACUGGUCUUUUCCAGCAGUUGGUUUUCAUUGUUUGUUGCCUUAUUAUUACUGUAAACCUUACUCUUUCUCUGCACUUGCUCAUUUCUAUUUCAUGACUCGCUAAAUCAACUAUCAAGUGAUUUUUAGAAAUAUAAAUAUGUGAAAGGCAGCUCACAUUGUCCCAGGUGAUUAGCUGCAUGCUCUUUACUCAUGUGAGCUUGACUGUAAAUUUGAACAGACCACCACGGCUCUACUCACACGCCCCUUUUACCCGACACGAUGCUGCACAGAACAGACGCUCUGGUGCCCUUUUGGCUGGUUGUUCCCUCUGCCUUGUAUGAAACACCUCGCAGCAUGUCCAGCCUAUCUAAAAGCAAUGACAUUGUUGAAAUUUAUGCUUUGCUUUACCCCUAAAAUAUAUAUUUUUUUCUGUAUCAUAAGUUACUCCCCGAUUACACUGCUGUAUAUAGCGCUUAUUAACUAUUGGUGAAGACCUCGCUACUCGGAGUUUAGGACAAAUAUUUGCUGACUUUGCCAAGAUCUGUACAGUUAAUGUGCUAGUGGGUUGCCUGUAAUUCAUGCUUGGGAAAAAUUCUGUAAUAUAGUUUCUAUUAAUGUAUGUAAAAGGACAGACACCUCCAGAGCCCAACCUGCCCGGCCACUGCACACUACUGAACCUGGUGGACGGGAGGAGAAGUUUUUUUUUCAAAUGUCAGUAUACAGUGGAGAAUGGGGCACCUUUGUUUCGUGUAUUUCCUCCACCUGGGAGGUACCUGCAUCACUGUCUUAAGUUUUGGAGAAGGGGGAUUGGUUUAUUAUUGUGGGAAGUUGGUGGGUUGGGUCUUCCUUUAUCCUGUUUCCCACCUCUUUGCAGUCUGAGUGACCACUUCCUGCUUUUGUCUGUCCACAAGUACAAAAGUACAUAUGUAUAAAUUUUUAAGAAGCUGUGCUAACAUUUAAAUGCGUUCUUGCGUGUACAUGAUUUUAAAAUGUUGACAUUUUGAUUUUAAUGAUAAAAUACUCUAGACAGAAAAAAUAAAUUAUACAUAACCUGUUG